GACCAAAGCAAAUCCAGGUUACAUGCUCUGCAGAUUUGAAAAGGGAUGUGAAGAAUUCGCCAUUCGAUUGAUUGAGUCCCGCAAUCCGAAGCCUGCGGCAUUGUUGACAGUCAUACUACAUAGUCAACCAAUGUCAAACAAUGAAACAAUGAACGUUGCAAUGCCCCAGCAUUCGGCAUACCAAUCUAUCCAGGCUCUAUUUCUUGUGAUGAACCUCUUCAAAACUUUUGCGAGGAAAGAGUAAGGUUAGCAAUAUAGUGUCUGCUAGCUUCGGGCUUUUGAUUUUAGAUCUCUUGAUCAGCAGUUUCCGAACAAGCGUCUGAGGGAUUAAAAGAGAGUUGAGAGAGCAGAGGCAUCUUGGGAGCACCAGAGAACGAGGCUUGCAGCACAAAAAGCAUCCGUGAAAGCUUCGCGCUUGAGUUCAAGACCAUUCAGGACUGCCAGUCAAGGCUGCUAGUGCAGAAGGGAGCUAGUAGAGCGGAGAUGGGGUUUUGGCGGGGGCUCUUCGGGCUGAACAAGAAGAGGAUAAGCGCAGAAUUGGGGAACAAUGGGGAGAAGAUAUAUCGCUACCCUUCAGGCUACGUUGCCGCCAUUGUGAGUGGAGGAGAAAGUGACAGGGUGUCUUCGUUCUUCGAGGACAAUGUGAAAGGGAGACUGCUGUGCAGCUUCAAUCACCAAGGAGUGGGAGACAUCUACUAUGAGAACGGAGUUCCGAGGGUUUCGGUAACCACGAAAGACUGCACGUUCUUCGACAUGAACGGCAACGUGAAGAAGCGGUGGACCUGGCCCCGGUUACUCAACGAGCGGGUGGAGCUGCGGUUAGGGGAGCGGUUACACGUAACCCUGAUCGACCGCCAGCACAUCACCGCGAAGCUGCGUCUCUCGUCGAAGAUCGAAAAGAUCACCGAGUUCGACUGCGGGGAGAGCCACCAGUGGCAGCAGAUGCGCAAGCAAACGAACGAGCCUGAACUCGCCUUAAAUCGCAUCCGGACCGUCCAAAAGAAGAGCAAGGCCGCGGCCAUCUACCCCGCCAACGAGGACGAAGACCCGUACCUCUCCCCGAUCUCCGUCCCCCGCCGCACCACGUCUCUGCCGGCCGGUCCGCUGACGCUCGCUGACGUGUCACCUGACGUCACCCCGCACGCGCCGCCGAAAGCACCUCCGGCAGUACCGCCAGAAAGAGGCCUUGUCCGGUCGCAAAGCGAAGGGGGGGUGCCGGGGCAGUUUCGGCCGAUCCUGAAAAUGGCGGGGCCUUUGAUCGGUAGUGCAGCUGGCAUUGCGAUCGCGGGGCUGCUGUUUGUGGCAUCUAGGGCGGGCGGCACCCCGCGUCGGUCGCAGCAACGGAUCCCACAUCGGACGAUGGGGCGGCGUUGA